GCCCGGGCCUGCACGGCGGGCGGCGACCUCGACGCCCGCAAGGGUUUGAAGCCGUUUUGAGGCAGCGGCGGCGGCGGCCGGUCGGAAAGCUUGCACGCUGAAUUAUGGAAAUGGGAAGUGAAGAAGAAAAAUGGGAGAAGCUGGAUGCAGAAUUUGAUCACUUUGUGGUAGAUAUGAAGCCUUUUGUUCUAAAGUUACCCCAUAGGUCAGAACGGCAGCGGUGCGCACUCUGGAUCAGAAAGCUGUGUGAGCCUUCAGGCACUGGCACCGGCAUCCCGGGCAGGAAGAACCGCAACUUGUACGCCAAGCUCCUGCUGCACAUGCUGCGGCGAGGGGUGCUCGAGGGCCCGUUCACGCAGCGCCCGGAGCCGGGGACCCUCAGAGCCCUGCCUUCCUACAUGUCCAUCUAUUUUGAUGAACCAAAUCCAGCACAAGCAAAAGGGUCCAGCCCGGAUGGAUUACCGGACUGGGUGGUGGGCGAGCUGGGGAGCAGCGAGCACAGGUUCGGCGGGUCCCGGCAGCUUUCCUCUGGAGAAGAUUCUUUGGUGCAGUCGCCGACCGCUGUCCACAGGGAACAAUGCAUUGCGAAAUUCCAAACCAGAUCACAGUCUAUGAGUCCAACCCACAGAGAAGAUGGACAUAUUAUUACCCCAAAGGAUUGUGAUAUUCAUUCGAAAAAAUCUACUCUUUCUUUGGAUGACAGCGACAUGGAAACUCGCCUUAAUAGUUGGAAUCUUGGGAUAGAAAACCCUCGAUACCUGAGACAGAAGCCCAUCCCGGUUACUCUGAUGACUCCGAAAUUCAGCCUGAGAAAAUCCAGCAGUCUCCACGAUGACCAGUUACUCUCCCGCAUGCAUGAGAAAGAGUUGGACAUGAAAACAAAGCUGAUGGAAGCUAAAUAUCAUGAAGAGAAACUUAAACUGCAGCAGAAACACGAUGCUGAUGUUCAGAAGAUUUUAGAAAGAAAGAAUAAUGAAAUAGAAGAAAUGAAAACUUUAUACAAAAAGAAACAAAAUGAAACUGAAGAGACUAUUAGAAAACUCGAGAAGAAAGUUCAGACCCUGGUCCGUGAAGGUCAGGUUAUCAGAGAGACCAAAGACAACCAGAUUGCGGAGUUGAGAAAGCUCUGUGAGCAGAGCGCAGAGUCUCUGAAUAACGACUGGGAGAAAAAGCUCCACACCGCUGUAGCAGAAAUGGAAAAGGAAAAGUUUGAACUUCAGAAGCGACACACUGAAAAUAUUCAAGAACUGCUCGAGGACACAAACGUGCGGCUGAACAAAAUGGAGGGUGAAUACGUGGCACAGAUGCAGUCCACAAACCAGAUGAUCAAAGAACUGGAGUCCCGUGUCCAGCAGCUGACUGGAGAAGCGGAGAACAGUAAUUUACAGAAACAGAAAUUAAUUCAAGAAAAACUGGAACUGGAGAGAUGUUACCAGACAACAUGUAAUGAAUUACAAGAAGUAAAGGCAAGGCGCAACACACUGCAUAAAGAGAAAGACCAUCUCAUCAGUGAUUACGAGCAAAACCUGAAACUGUUACAGACCAAGUAUGAUGCUGACGUCAACCUUCUGAGAAAAGAACAUGCGCUUUCUGCCUCUCAGGCGUCUGGUAUGAUUAAAGAGCUAGAACAGAACGUCUGUCAAUUAAAGCAGCAAUUACAGGAAUCAGAACUUCAGAGGAAGCAGCGGCUCAAGGAUCAAGAAAAUAAGUUUCAAAUGGAGAGAAGUCACUUAAAACGCACCUUUGAAAAAAAGAUUCACGACUUACAGAGUGAGCUCGACAAGGAAAAAGAAGAUGCUCAAAAGAAAAUCCAUAAAUUUGAGGAAGCUUUGAAGGAGAAGGAGGAGCAGCUGACCCGGGUGAGCGAGGGGCAGAGGCUGCAGGCGCAGCAGGCGGACGCCGCGCUGGAGGAGUUCAAGCGGCAGGUGGAGCUGAACUCAGAGAAGGUCUACGCGGAGAUGAAGGAGCAGAUGGAAAAGGUGGAAGCAGACCUGACUCGGUCCAAGUCUCUCCGUGAGAAGCAGUCCAAGGAGUUCCUGUGGCAGCUGGAGGACGCCAAGCAGAGAUACGAGCAGCAGAUAGUAGAGCUGAAGCUGGAGCAUGAACAGGAGAAGACGCACCUAUUACAGCAGCAUAACGCGGAGAAGGAGAGCCUAGUCCGAGACCACGAACGGGAAGUCGGAAACCUGGAGAACAAGCUCCGCGCUGCCAACAUGGAGCACGAAAAUCAAAUCCAAGAGUUCAAGAAACGAGACUCACAGGUGAUUGCGGACAUGGAGGCGCAGGUGCACAGGCUGAGAGAGGAGCUGGUCAGCGUGAACUCGCAGCGGAAGCAGCAGCUGGUGGAGCUGGGGCUCCUCCGGGAGGAGGAGAAGCAGAGGGCCGCGCGGGACCACGAGGCCGCGGUGAGCAAGCUGAAGGCCGAGUCGGAGAAGAUGCGGCUCGAGCUGAAGAAGACCCACGCGGCCGAGACGGAGCUGACGCUGGAGAAGGCCAACAGCAGGCUGAAGCAGAUUGAGAAGGAAUACACCCAGAAGCUGGCCAAGUCUUCUCAGGUGAUCGCCGAGCUGCAGGGCACCGUCUCCUCGCUGCGGGAGGACAGCAGCCGGCAGCAGCUCGCGGCCGAGCGGCGGCUCCAGGACAUCGCGCGCAAGUUUGAAGACGAGAAGCAGCAGCUGAUCAGAGAGAACGAGCGAGCCGUCCAGGCUUUACAAGAAGAACUGGAAAACCGCUCGAAACAAGUGCGAGCCAUGGAGAAGAAGCUACAGCAUAAGGAGCUGGAGUCCCAGGAGCAGAUAACUUACAUACGACAAGAAUAUGAAACAAAAUUUAAAGGGUUGAUGCCGGCAUCUCUAAGACAAGAACUUGAAGACACCAUCUCCUCCCUAAAGUCACAGGUUAACUUCCUGCAGAAGCGGGCGUCUGUCCUACAGGAUGAGCUGACCGCCUACCAAAGCAGAAGGUGACCGUGUGGAGACCCCCCGGGUCACCCCGGAGAGAGCGGUGGAUCCAGCUGUCCCAGCUGCACUGCACAUUUCUUCCAGCAGGUUUGAAGAUUCGGAUAUUGUUUCAGUAAACUGUGA